CACGAAAAAUGUCAUUUUCCUUGCUGCAAUCGCCUCAGAUUGCACAUCUCCUCGCGUCGAAGGAGGCCUCGCAAAUUCCCACGCGUUGUGGCUGAGCGUCGCUGCCCUCGCAAUCCCCGCAUUGCCUGCAACCACACAACAUCCCUCGGGAAAGCGGUAUACUGUAUGUAUAUAACUGGCCCCGCUUGCCAUCCCCCAGAAACUGUCCUAGAAAACCACCCAAACAGAGGCAGAAGAAUAUAACGAUUUUUUCAACCAACGGAGAGAUCACUGCAAAUUUCACUGCAAAUUUCAACAACCGUUGGAACUCUGCCCUCUUCGUGAUUUUCAAAGUCCGGCGAUUCUCGCAGUCCCAUUCAACCCAAGGUUCAGCUCCCGAAUGCGGACGCUUUGUCGUCUCACAAUUAUCGUCUCACUAAACGAAGCCAUUCAUUCUUCAGCCGCCAUCGAUCACACAGCCGAGAAUGACAAACAUGGCCAAAGAAAGACCUGCACUUGCCUCCACGCGAAGGGACUCCCAUGCCCUUAAUGAUCUCGAUGACCGUAGGAUCGCGGACAUUAAGCCUCUGAUUCCACCUCAACUCCUGUUCGAAGACUUUCCUCUUUCAGACUCCGCUGCCAUCACUGUGGCGCGAGGGCGUAUGGAAGCCGAGGAAUGUGUCAAGGGAGAAUCCGACAAGCUUCUAUGUGUUGUGGGACCAUGUAGCAUCCACGAUGUCAAGGCUGCGAAGGAAUAUGGACAAUUGCUGAAAGCUUACGCUGACACCGCCCGCGAUGAUCUGGUCAUCAUCAUGCGGGUGUACUUUGAGAAGCCGCGGACAACAGUUGGUUGGAAAGGUCUGAUCAAUGACCCCACGAUGACCGGAGACUUUGCUAUCAACAAAGGAUUGAAGUUGGCCCGUGGUUUACUCCUGCAUUUGAACGAAAUCGGCAUCCCAACCGGAUCGGAGUUUCUGGAUACCCUCACGCCCCAGUACGUCGGGGAUCUGGCAGCGUGGGGAGCAAUCGGCGCGAGGACGACGGAAUCCCAGGUUCACCGAGAGCUUGCGUCCGGGCUCUCUGUGCCCGUCGGCUUCAAGAAUGGAACGGAUGGCAACGUCAGCAUCGCGUUGGACGCAAUCCGGGCCGCCUCUUCCGGACACCAUUUCCUGUCGGUAACGAAACAGGGUCUCAGCGCCAUUGUUGCCACAACUGGCAACGACAGCUGCCACGUGAUUCUCCGUGGUGGAAAUGACGGCCCGAACUACUCCGCGGAUCACAUUCGCAAGUUCCGGGCCCAAGUCGAGAAGGCUGGAUUGCAACCACGCUUCAUGAUUGACUGCUCGCAUGGUAACUCUCAAAAAGACCACAAGCGACAAGGCGAGGUAGCGAGAUCGGUUGCGGAGCAGCUCUCCUCCACCGGCCCUGACUCCACAGCGGACAACAUCAUCGGAGUCAUGAUCGAGUCGCAUUUGAAAGAAGGACGACAGAACAUCCCUGCCGAUGGUCCCGCGAAAUUAGAGUACGGUGUAUCUGUGACUGAUGCCUGCAUAGCCUGGGAUCAGACCGUGCAAGUGCUGAACACCCUCCGAGACGGCGUACAGAAGCGGAGACGGAACAGGAAGGAGUCGUCGGCACGCUGAUUCCCUCAAACCUUAGCUUAGUCAUGUCUUCACUCUAGAUCCAU